GAUGGAAGACGUUAGCUAUCGAGGACCGGCAUCAAUCAACGUCUCUUCACUGCUCAUUGUUCGUCUCAUUUUGGACGUUGCUCUGUCUGAUUACAUCUGCGUUCAAGAUUCUUCAAUCGUCUCGUAAUCAUGGUUGUAUUUCGAGGCAUGACGGUGGACGAGUACAAGAGCAAUUGCAUGACGUUCCAGCUGCUAUACGCGUUCCGUCGGACACCAUUCGGCAAGUGUCUCGUCGCCGUGACCGACACCGACGGAGAUGUGGCGUAUCUGACGUUCGUUGACGACGACGACGACGAGACGAAAGCUAUCGGAGAUCUGAAGGCGAAGUGGCCGUUGACGAAGAUAUCGGAGGAUAUCGGAAACAAGACGGAGACUGUCGUCGUGAGAAUCUUUCAUCCCGACGGUUCCCAGCUUCGCUCGGUUCGCGUCCUCAUGAAGGGCACGGAGUUCCAAAUUAAAGUUUGGCGAUCUUUGACGGAAAUCCCCGGAGGGUCGGUCACCACGUACGAGGAAGUCGCCCGGAUGACGGACUGCAAGGCCGCGAUAGCGGUGGGAAGCGCAAUUUCCAAGAAUUACGUCGCCUACGUUGUGCCGUGCCACCGUGUGACAGCGAAGCGCGCAAAUGCCCGUGGCACCAAGUAUGCUUGGGGAUUGGAACGGAAACAUGCUAUCCUGGAAUACGAAAAGCAGAUUCCCCCAACGCUUCAGAAAUAUCGAGCCGUUCCGGAACAGGAUACUCUUUAGAGAUUCAACGAGAAGAAGACCUCCCGUGCGAGAUAUUCCUUAGAAUUUUCAAGGGCUGACUCUCCGAGGAAGAAUCCUGAUACGAUCCCAGCUCCCUUCUAAGGGAGGGAUGUUACUAUAAUACGCGGAUCAGAAUUCGGCCGCCCACGAUGCUCCGCCAUUCUAAACCACUAACCAGACGGUAACUUGGCCAACUGU